AUGCUUCUUUCAAAUAUUCCUCAUCUGUUUUUAUUCGCUUUCGUUUCUUAUAUUUCUGCUCUGGUUCAUCCUGUUCCCGAUUCUUUUACUGAUUCUCUCUUUCUCUUAGUUUCUUAUUUCUUCCUUUUUGUUCGCUGUUUUCUUUUCCCUUCUGAUUUAUUUUUUUCUUUCUUUUAUUCGCUUUCUUUCUUUUCCUUAGUUGUAUUUUCCCUCCUUUCUUCCCUUCAGUAUUUGUUCAUUUUCUCCUUCUUUUCUUCGUUAUUUUUUUUUAUUUUCGUAUCUUUUGCUUCGAUUAUUUUUUCUUUUAUUUAUUUCUUACUCAUCUUUCUUUUUUGUUGUUUCUUUGAUGUCCGCCAUUUUUUCUCGAUUUCUUUCUUUGUUUUCUUUCAUUCUUUCUUUUUUUUUGGAUUCUUUUUCAUAAUACACCUUUUUAUUUUUUCUUUCUUAUCUGUCAUUCUUUUCUUUCUAUCUUUUCGUCAGCUUCUUUCCUUUGUCGGUUUUCUUUCUUUCUUUCCUUAUUUCUUUUUCAUUCUUUCGUUGUCCCUUCUUUUUUUUUUGUUUUUCUUUCUGUUUCCGACACAACAUCUAUCUAUCUAUCUAUCUAUCUAUCUAUCUAUCUAUCUAUCUAUCUAUCUAUCUGUUAUGAUGUUGAUUUGGGGAUCUGGCGGAACCACGGCUGGAUCGAGAGAGACGAUUGCUCUUAUUACAGACCAAAAGUCUACAAGCAAGUCAUCUAAGAUUUACGAUAUUGAAUGGCAUUUUCCAUUCAAACGAAAGAUGUUCCGCACCAAUGCCUGUAUCAUUAUCUAUCUAUCUAUCUAUCUAUGUUUACGAAGGUCUUUCGUCAUCAAUGCCUGA